AAGUGUUACCAGGGCACAAAUCCAGAAGACCGGUUUGCACACGGUUUGGAAAGAAGCUUUGCCUAAGCUGUCUCUGAUCAGCUCAGCUCCCAUACCUCCUGGUGGACUUGCGAUAUCACAUCACACAGCUCGACAAGAUGAAGUCGUUUCUCGCAGUUGUAGCUGCGGCGGGCUUCGUCCUGGCCGCUGCUGAGCCUAUCGAGGUCAGAGCGGACCCGACAGGUUACACCUCGCCGCCGGCAGGUUACACAGAUGCGCCGGCUGGCUACACAAACUCGCCAGCGGGAUACACAUCCACCUCUCCAGAACCGGUAGCAUACACGACGAAGACAUCGUCGCCUGCACCUUAUGUGCCUCCUGCAACCUAUGCACCUCCGCCACAGUACACAACCCUCACUGUGACAGAGACGGAGACCGACCACACCACGGCCGUCUCAACAGUCCAGAAAACAGCUACCUUGUACACCACUGAGACAGAUCGCACCACGGAGACGGACACGGCGACCUCGACCACAUGCACAACUACCACAACUACCGUUCCCGUCACCGAGACCGAUACCACGACAGCCAAGGUGUACGAGACCUACCAGACAACUCUCGUGUAUGACACGACAGAGACCCUCAAGUACAGCACCACCUACCUCACCACAUCCACCUUUGUAGACUCCUUGACCUCGACCAUCUACCAGACUAGCAUCUAUGAUGCCACCGUGACCACAACCUUGGGAACUACCAAGACUCUCACAACUGUCGUUCCUUCAACCACCAUCAUUCCUGAGACCACAAUCAUCACCUCGGAUGUCACUUCGACCAUCCCUGUGACUUCAAUCACCACCGAAACAAAUGAGUACAAGACCACUGAGACUUCGACCGCCGUCAAGACGGUCACGUCAGAAGUGUUCACUACCAGCGUCAUUUUGUCGACUUAUUCCACAUUGGUCACAUCGACGGAUCUCGUGACAGCCACGAUCCCUAUCACGACCACUGUCGCGGGCGUGCCGGUCACUUCAUACCGCACUGUUACAACACCUACCUUGAUCACCACGACCGCGCUGUCCACCUUGACGACGACCGCCACCUUCACCCCGAGCCCGGUGACUCGUACAGUGACAUCUGUGGCUACGUCUCUCGUCACCGAUGUCCUCACCCGGACUACCACUCAAGCCGGUAUUCCAGUGACAUUGACCUACACCGUUACCACACCGACUGUCAUCACCACCACAGCGACCACAGUUUCUCUUACAAUUGCCACCCGCACCGCGACCAGCACUUUGGUUGUGCCUACGACCAUCGUUUCCACAUUGCCAGGAUCGACUGUGACCACUUCAAUUUACGGCCAGCUGACCACCAUUACAAACCCUGGAAUUCCCACGACCAUCAUCUCUCUCGCAACCAUUACUCAGCCGACAACUACCACUCAGCCGAUUUAUGUCACGAUCUCGCCCAGCACAGUGACAUCCACUGUCACCACUGAGCGCAAUGGCAUCACUUACAUCUCCGAGUCCAUCACAACUCAGUACAUUGAGAAGACCGUCACGGUACAGCCUACCACAGCUGCUCCCACCACAAGCGCUUGCGAUACCGCUGCGGCUGCGUUGAUCACUCCUGGUCCGUCAGUCUGCUCGAACCAGGCUUGUACCCUCGGAUUCGAGUUUGGUGCUUACGCCACCUGGUCAGAGUACCCGGACAGCCCUCCACUCAAGACCGAAGUCUACUUCGUCAACCCGGCUGCCCGAGCGACUUGCAUCACCACCAUUUGUAACACAGCCCUCUUCAGCAAAUCGUACUACCAAAGUGUGACCAGCUGUGCCAACCCUCCUUGCGCCUACAACGCCUUGGACUGUGACUGCAACAUUGUCAUCAAGGGCAUCAACUUGCCAAAUGGACGUGCGACCUCCAUCGUUCAGAAGGGCAACGGUGGCAACAACCUCAUUCUCGGCCCAACUGCCUUGGCUGUCAACGUCGCCACCGUCAACAGCUGUGGUGUUGCCGGUUGUCUCUCUGCUGCAAGCUCCACCUUCAUGGGUGAGAUUGUCUACACCGGAGCCGUCUCCUCCACCGAGACCACCAACGCUGCCGGAGCUGCGAUUACGGAUUACAUUCUCCCUGAUCUGCCCAAGUACUUCCCUCCUGGUAACCCCUUCGCCAGCUGUACGCACGCUACCCUCGAGACCCCCGGGGCUUUCAUCAAGGCGCGCUCGGAGCAGCUCUACUCCCCUGCUCAGGAGACCGCAGCUCCGGUCGCUGCCAGGGAUGAUGGCCUCUUGUGGAGCUACCCCACCGCAGAGUACCACCGCAUGGGCAAGCGUGACGACGUCAUGGGUGCCUCCAAGACAAUCAUCUGGUCCGGCGCUCCUGACAUCAUUCCCACGUUGAGUUUCAGCGCCAGCGUCCCGGCUCUCAGCGAUGUGUUGACUGGCAUCCUUCCCCCGAACACGGCUGCGACCACCAGCCCGGCUCCCACUACUAACGCGGCGCCCACGACCACCGCGGCUCCUGUGACCUCAAGCGAGCCUUCCACUGCGCCAACCACUGCACCAACAACCGCACCGACUACGGCACCCACAACGGCGCCAACCACGGCGCCUACCACAGCGUCAACUGACUCGGUCCCGACCACGGUUCCGACCACUGCCCCAACCACGGCGCCCACCACGGUUGCCACCGAAGCCCCGACCGCCGCUCCUACCACCACUCCUACCGAAGUCCCGACCACUGCCCCAACCACGGCUCCCACCACGGCUCCCACCACAGCUCCCACUGAAGCUCCGACUACCGCUCCUACGACCAGCGAUGCCGCCGCUCCAACCACAGCCGCUCCGACAACCGCUGCUCCGACAACUGCCGCCCCGGCCACGGCCGUGACCACCAAUUCGCCUCUCGUCAUCACCGGCACUGAUGGUGCUCCAACAACGAUCCCGAUUGUUCCGGCGCCAAUCACUACCGUGACCACCGAGAACCCUCCAGUAAUCCCGGCCACGGUAUCAAACGGCACGCCGAUUUCUGCACCCACCAACACCAUCAUCACCACAAUCGGCGGUACCUCGGUGACAUUUGUCCAGCCCACCUCGACCAACAUCUUCACGACCACCCUCGCCGGAACUCCCGUCACCGUCAGCGUGCCCAUCGAGAGCGUCCCGACCACCCCUGUGACUCUCACCACCGUUCUCGGCGGCACCCCAGUGACAUUCAUCCAGCCCACGACCAGCCUCUUCACCACCCAAAUCGCCGGCACCGCCGUCGUCAUCACCGUCCCGACCCUCGGCGCAACCGCCUCCCCAGGCUCCUCUCCCGCCACCAACCCCUUCGGCACCUCGACCGCAUGCAGCGCUCCGGCCAACACGCUCCCCAGCGGUCCAGGAAUCUACAGCUGCGGCGCCUCCGGCUGCACCCUGCUCGGCAGUGCCGCGACUAGCUCACCCAAGCCGACCACACCAUGAAAUUCUGGAGAGAGAGAUUGCACCUCAUUUUGAAAAUAUUUUUGAUCACAACUUCCCGCGAUUGUUCGCCCACCUUCGGCUUUUGUCUAUCCUUAAU